GUUUUUGGUUAGAUUUCAUAGAAGUCAGAUUAUCUAAUAAUUUUAAUUUUAAAAAAUCUUGAAAAAAAAAAACGAAUAACAAUGAAAUUUAUUUUUGGUUUAAUAUUAGCAAUUUUUGCUUUAAUUGCAUUUACCGGCGCUUCAAGACCAAAACAUUGUGACUUACCACCUGAAUCUGGAACAUGUCAACAAUUUCUUAAAGUAUAUCAUUUUGAUCCGAAAUCAAAUUCAUGUAAAACAUUUGAAUAUGGUGGAUGCGGUGGUAAUGGAAACAGAUUUGAUACACAAUCAUUAUGUGAAAAAGAAUGCAAAAAAUAAAAGUUAUCCGCUACCGUUAACAAGAACCUUUUAAGGGCAUUAAAUUUAUUGUUUGCAUAUUGUGUCAAUUUUUUUUUUUUUUUCUAUGUUAAAAUUUAAGUUUAUUCAUUCUGUUUAAUAUCAGAUAAAGUAAAGAUAUUAAUAAUUUAAUAAAUUCAUAUUUUUUUAAAUUAA